AUGGGGCUCAAGCACGCCCACUGGGCGGUGCUGGGCGUGACGUGCACUGAGGUGUCGUCAUGUUUGGUGGGGGGUGUUUCUGCGGGGCUAUGCCGGAUAGGGUUUCCCAUACCGGACAGGCCCGUGGAAGACACUAGUGGACCUGAGGGUCGUGGGAUGGCGGGCCUCAAGGCCCGCGGCGCGGCAGGACCGGUCAACUCGGCCAUCCUGUCGGGCAAAGGUCGAGGGCGUGAGGAGGGUACCCCUAGCUCGUCUAGUGGAGAAUCCCUCCCAGAGGUCAUUCUGACCUCUGGCCGGCCUUCGUAUUCUGGGGGGGCCAAAGAAUGCUGUGGAUACUCGACGACCCUGGCAAGAAAUACGGAUACUGUUGCAUGCGAUUUGGAGAAGACGAUGGGGAGUGGACUGGAGGUCCAAAGAGGAGAAGGAGUGGCAUCCAUGGACCUGGACACGGAGCUGAUGCUGAGUGAGGAGUCGGCGUCAGCCUCGAUGUCCGAAGGAAGUCGGAGGGGUAGCCCCAUAAUAGUAAGGAAGAGGAGAGGACGACCACCCACCUCUCGCACUUACGCAGGUUUGGCGAAGGCCAAGCACCUGCUUGUUGAGGAUAAGCAGCGAGAGGAGGAUGAAAGACGGGCGGAGGCAGAAGUCGUUGCUGCCUCUAUCGCGGCAAGAGCUAGAGCCCGAGCCCAAAGGUUGUCGGAUAUGGUGUCGGAGGAGGAGCCUGAGGAGUUCCAGGCGGCAGGCUCCCUGAGUAAAAUUAUAGAGGAAAAUGUGGAAGUAAUUAGGAAAGUGGCUUCCACCUCUAAAAACCUUAAGGGAGGUUACAUACGAGCCCUAAAGGACGCCGCCGAGGGCAUAAUUAAAACAACGAAAGCCCUGAAAGGCAGGUGCACAUCGGAGGAGACCAAAGGUCUGCAGGCGGCUAAUGCCCGACUGCAAGCGGAGGUAGAGCAGCUGCGCAAGGAGGUUGCGGAAAUGAGGCAGUGCCUCCAAGCGCCGAACGCGAGACCAGAGCCACCGAGGACCGAUAAUGAAGACCUCGUGCGCACCAUUCUGUGCCAGGUGGGCACAAUGGUGAACGCGAGGUUCGAGGCGUUGGAGGAUCGUCUCCUCCCCGAAAGGCGCAUUCGUCCCCCGCUUGCGGCGGACAGCAGGCCCGAGUCUGUGGGCCAACGCGGAUCGGCAGCCCCAAGGCUGGCGAAGAGUGGGCAGGCCUCGGGCCUAGUCUCGGGCCAAGCCUCGGGCCAAGUCUCGGGCAAAGCCUCGAGCAAAGCCUCGGGCAAAGCCCCAGGGAGAGCCCCUACGAAACCCUCCAAGGGAAAGACGGCGGAGCCCCAGGUGCAGCCCCAGCCAGUGACGGCGGCAGAGCCUGCAGCCCAGCAGCAGAAUACCACAGAAUUGCCCUGGAGCACUGUGGUUAAAAAAGGGUUGAAGAAGAAAAGGAAGAACCGACCGCGGGUGUUCACGAACUCGGAACAAAGAAGAGUGCCCAGGGCGCCAGUAGUGGCCGCGCCGAAAUCUGCUGCGGUAGUGGUCACACUCUCGCCGGAGGCCAUUGCAAAAGGCCUCACAUAUGACGCUGUCAUCGCGGAGGCCAAAGCAAAAAUUAAAUUGCAGGAUGUGGGGAUCACAACCGGAGUGCGUUUCCGGGUGUGUGCCACUGGAGCGAGGCGAUUUGAAGUCAUCGGAACGGACAAUGGCCCACAAGCCGACGCUCUGGCGGAGAAGAUGACUCAAAUCUUCAGUCCUGACCUGGUUCGCAUCACGAGGCCGAUCAAGACUACCGAGGUAAAGAUCUCUGGCCUUGAUGAUUCGACGACCGUCGAAGAGGUGCUGGCAGCGGUUGCCGAAGCGGGCGGCUGCCCUACAGACACCCUCAAAUGCAGCGGAGUCGUACGGGACCGCUUUGGAGUGGGACACGCCUGGGUGCAUUGCUCAGUUUCGACGGCGAAACGGGUUGCAGAGGCAGGUCGGCUGACAAUGUCGUGGGUGUCGGCCAAUGUCAAAUUGUUAGUUCCCCGACCACUGCGCUGCUAUCGAUGCCUGCAGAAGGGGCACGUCAGGGCGCAGUGCAACUCUGAGGUUGACCGAAGCAUGCUCUGCUUCCGUUGUGGUGUCGAGGGACACAAGUUUAAGGAAUGCUCGGCCAAGCCACACUGCGUCAUAUGGCUGUUCCGCACCAGCCCCGAAGAUCACCAGAGGAACGCACGCCCCACAGUCACGACCAGCACCGCAGGUGACAGUGGAGGUUGCCAUGGAGACCGAAGAGAUUGGCAGUAG